CCCAGAGCUGGGAGAGAGUGCCAAGCUGCUUACCAGUGAGUGACAAGCGCUGCCCCAGUAGGAGAAGGAGUUUGUGGGGCCUGCAGGGCCACAGCAGAUACGCAGGUCCGGGAGGCCUGGCGGGGCUCAGGCAAGAGAUGUGGAAUCCGCUGCACGAAAGCGACUCUGCCGCGGCCGCUAUGCGCCGCCCGCGCUGGCUGUGCGCCGGGGCGCUGGUGCUGGCCGCCGGCCUUCUCCUCGGCUUCCUCUUCGGGUGGUUUAUAAAAUCCUCCAAUGAUGCUACUAAUGUUAUUCCACAGAAUAACCUGAAGAGGGCAUUUUUGGAUGAAUUGAAAGCAGAGAACAUCAAGAAAUUCUUAUAUAAUUUUACACGGAUACCACACUUAGCAGGAACAGAUCAAAACUUUCAGCUUGCAAAGCAAAUUCAAUCCCAGUGGAAAGAAUUUGGCCUGGAUUCUGUUGAGUUAGCCCAUUAUGAUGUCCUCUUGUCCUCUCCGAAUAAGACUCAUCCCAACUACAUCUCAAUAAUUGAUGAAGAUGGAAAUGAGAUUUUCAAUACAUCUUUAUUUGAACCAACUCCUCCAGGAUAUGAAAAUGUUUCUGAUAUUGUCCCACCAUUCAGUGCUUUCUCUCCACAAGGAAUGCCAGAGGGUGAACUAGUGUAUGUUAACUAUGCGCGAACUGAAGACUUCUUUAAACUGGAGCGGGAUAUGAAAAUCAAUUGCUCUGGAAAGAUUGUGAUUGCCAGAUAUGGGAAAGUUUUCAGAGGAAAUAAGGUUAAAAAUGCCCAGCUGGCAGGGGCCAUAGGAGUCAUUCUGUACUCAGACCCUGCCGACUACUUUGCUCCCGGAGUGGAGUCCUAUCCAGAUGGCUGGAAUCUCCCUGGAGGUGGUGUCCAACGUGGAAAUGUCUUAAAUCUUAAUGGUGCAGGUGACCCUCUCACACCAGGUUACCCAGCAAAUGAAUAUGCUUAUAGGCGUGCAAUUACAGAGGCUGUUGGUCUUCCAAGUAUUCCUGUUCAUCCUAUUGGAUAUUAUGAUGCCCAGAAACUCCUAGAAAAAAUGGGAGGCCUAGCACCACCAGAGAGCAGCUGGAUUGGAGGUCUCAAAGUGCCCUACAAUAUUGGACCUGGCUUUGCUGGAAAUUUUUCUACACAAAAAAUCAAGAUGCACAUCCAUUCUGACAGUAAAGUGACAAGAAUUUACAACGUGAUUGGUACUAUCAGAGGAGCAGUGGAACCAGACAGAUACGUCAUUCUUGGAGGUCACCGAGACUCAUGGGUGUUUGGAGGCAUUGACCCUCAGAGUGGAGCUGCUGUUGUUCAUGAAAUUGUGAGGAGCUUUGCCACAUUGAAGAAUGAAGGAUGGAGACCACGACGAACAAUUUUGUUUGCAAGUUGGGAUGCGGAAGAAUUUGGUCUUCUUGGUUCUACUGAGUGGGCAGAGGAAAAUUCCAAACUCCUUCAAGAACGUGGUGUGGCCUAUAUUAAUGCUGAUUCUUCAAUAGAAGGAAACUACACUCUGAGAGUUGACUGUACACCACUACUUUACAGCUUGGUAUACAAUCUAACAAAAGAGCUGCAAAGUCCUGAUGAAGGCUUUGAAGGCAAAUCUCUUUAUGAAAGCUGGAAUGAAAAAAGUCCUUCACUGGAGUUCAGUGGCAGGCCCAGCAUUAGCAAGUUGGGAUCUGGUAAUGACUUUGAGGUCUUUUUCCAAAGACUUGGAAUUGCUGCAGGCAGAGCACGUUAUACUAAAAAUUGGGACAUCUACAAAUUCAGCAGCUAUCCACUGUAUCACAGUGUCUAUGAAACAUACGAAUUGGUGGAAAAAUUUUAUGACCCAACAUUUAAAUAUCACCUCACUGUGGCCCAGGUUCGCGGAGGGCUAGUAUUUGAACUAGCCAGUUCCUUGGUGCUCCCCUUUGACUGUCGAGAUUAUGCUACAGUUUUAAGAAAUUAUGCUGACAAAAUCUACAAUAUUUCAAUGCAACAUCUACAGGAAAUGAAAACAUAUGGGGUAUCAUUUGAUUCACUUUUUUCUGCAGUAGAGAAUUUUACAGAAAUUGCUUCUAAAUUCAAUGAGAGACUCCAAGACUUCGACAAAACCAACCCAAUUCUGUUGAGAAUUGUGAAUGAUCAACUGAUGUUCCUGGAACGAGCCUUCAUUGAUCCUUUAGGGUUACCAGACAGACCUUUCUACAGGCAUGUCAUCUAUGCUCCAAACAGCCACAACAAAUAUGCAGGAGUGUCAUUCCCAGGAAUUUAUGAUGCUCUGUUUGAUAUUGUAAACAAAGAGGACCCUUCCAAGGCGUGGGAAGAAGUGAAGAAACAGAUUGCUAUUGCAGCCUUCACAGUGCAGGCUGCAGCAGGGACUUUAAGAGAAGUAGCCUAAGAAGAUUCCUUAGAGAACACAAACUGAAUUUGUAUGGUAUAUCAGUCAGAAAGAACCAUAGUGCCCAUUUGUUUCCCAAAAGUUUGUAGGAAAAUUAAAUUUAAAGAUAAAGUAAAAAAUAAAAACUUCAUCCACAUAAGCUCCAUCAAGUUCAAGACACUAUUGUAAGUGACGAUACCAUCUUUUUAGUCCACCCUUAAAAAGUUGAGUGUUCUGGGAAUUUUGCCAUGUCAAUGCAAUAUUUCUAUAUUAUAAACUGAGGAAAAUUCAGUGCCCUUUAAACAAUUUUUUUAAUUAGUAAAAAACAACUUAGUAGGAGCCAGAUCAGGACUGUAAGUUAGAUGCCUUGCUUGGUAAGAGGAACAUGCAGGAACAUUAGGAAGAAGGAUUCUCCAGUGUUUUUUUGCCUAACAUUUUGGCUAACUUUUCCAUGCCACUCUAAUUAUAAGCAGAUGUUAUUAUUUCUUUUGCCUUUGAGAAAGUAAACAAUGAAUAAUAAAGGUAGACUUUGAGAAUUUUUAAAAACUACUGCCAUGAACUUUAUUCUUUACCUGGCUGCUUUUGCUUUGACUGAACCCCUUCCAUCUCCUGGUAUCCCUUGCUUUGAUCAUGCUUUGCUUUCAGUAUUGUUCUGGGAAAGAUCUGCUUAAUCUCCUGUUACCAUCCUUGAAAUAAAUACUUUAGAAUCUUGA